AAAUCUUAACCGGAUAUUCCAUCUUUUAAUCGAGUGAUCACGAACCAACAUGGCGGACAACUCAGAAAAUUCUGGAUCUUCCCUUAUCAAAAUCAACGUUAAAACACCUAAGGAAAAACAUGAAAUUGAAAUUCGAUCUGACGGAGGCAUAAAAGAGUUAAAAGAAGAAGUCUCCAAAAAAUUUGGUGCACCAUUAGAACAAAUAUGCUUGAUAUUUGCUGGUAAAAUUUUAAAAGAUGGUGACACAUUGGCUCAACAUGGUAUUAAAGAUGGUUUAGUAGUACAUUUGGUAAUUAAGUCAGCCAACAGGACCCAAGCUACACCAUCAGCUGCUCCAACUGAGCCGACUUCUUCAGCUCCUUCUCCUCCAGCUGAUAUAGGGGCCUCUCCUUUUGGACUUGGUGGGCUUGGUGGACUGGCUGGCCUUGGUAAUCUGGGAAUGGGCUCUGCAAACUUUAUGGAAAUGCAGCAAAGAAUGCAGAGAGAGAUGAUGGGUAAUCCUGAGAUGUUGAGACAGAUGAUGGAUAAUCCCUUUGUUCAACAAAUGAUGUCUAAUCCUGAUGUGAUGAGACAACUUCUAAUGAAUAAUCCACAGAUGAGAGAUCUAAUGGAGAGAAAUCCAGAAAUUACCCACAUGUUGAAUAAUCCUGAAUUAAUGAGACAGACAAUGGAGUUGGCAAGGAAUCCAUCGAUGUUACAAGAAUUGAUGAGAACUCAAGAUAGGGCCAUGAGUAAUUUAGAGAGUAUUCCUGGUGGAUUUAAUGCCUUACAAAGAAUGUACCGAGAUGUACAGGAACCUAUGAUGAAUGCAGCCCAGGAAGGAUUUGGCACCAAUCCCUUUGCUUCAUUAGUUAAUCAAGAUGGAAGUAAUACAGAAUCAACUGAUAGUCAGAGAGGUAGAGAAAAUACGGCACCAUUACCAAAUCCGUGGGCUCCUGCUGGUUCACAGACAAACACUACUAGUAAUACAACUACUACAUCUACUACUCCAACAUCUAAUACCUCUCUUCCAAGCUUUACUCCUCAAGCUGGUGGACCUUUUGGAAUGUUUAAUACACCUGGAAUGCAGAGUUUGAUGCAGCAAAUGCAACAAAAUCCACAGAUGAUGGAGAAUAUGUUACAGGCACCAUACAUGCAGGCCAUGUUACAAACUAUGUCUACAAACCCUCAACUAUCUCAACAGAUUCUAGGAAGUAACCCCAUGUUUGCUGGCAACCCACAGUUACAAGAACAUUUUCAACAAUAUAUGCCUACACUAUUACAACAGAUGCAAAAUCCUGAAAUGCAGAGCAUGUUAACAAAUCCUAGAGCCAUGCAAGCUAUAAUGCAGAUACAACAAGGAAUGCAACAGUUGGCUCAAGAGGCUCCAGGAGUAGCACCAGGCAUGUUGGGAAUACCUCGUACAACGCCGCCAUCCGCAACAACUACAAGCACACCUACAUCACCUAGUACGACUACUGCUACUACAGAUACAACUGGUACUACACCAUCUACUGGUACUACACCAUCUACUACUACUACAACAUCUACUAUCCCCACGCCUCCAACACAACUCCCUGCCGGUGAUCAGUUUAAUAGUAUGAUGGCUCAGAUGAUGCAGAUGAUGGCAGCUGGACAAAUUAAUCAAGUACCUGAACAGAGAUAUUCCUCCCAGCUUGAACAAUUAGCAACAAUGGGUUUUGUGGAUAGAGAAGCAAAUAUUAGAGCAUUAACAGCUACACUAGGAGAUGUAAAUGCAGCCAUUGACCGAUUGCUCCAACAAAGAUAAUAUUGAUUAUUAUAGGAAAAAAUUGAAAUGAAAAAGACUUAUUUAAUGAUAAAAGACAUUAAAGUGUGUUGAAUAUUAUGGUAUAUAAUUAUGUGGAAAGAUAACAACAGAACAGAUAAAUCAACAAAUUGGAAUUACUGUCAAAGCCUCCAGAAAAAUUCAUCAUAUUUGUAUUUAUAUUAUUAAGUAACGGUGAUUGAUUAUUAUGAUGAAUUCUGUGUAAUUUUCUUUGUUAUGUAGUUUACAGAUGUAGAACAUUAUCCAUUUGUCUUUGCUUUGCUCAGUCAUCGGACAUUGAAAGCCACUAGCGAUUGUUUGUCAUCAAUUUAUUUCAAUAUUUACCUGUUAAAAAACAUUGAGAAAUCAUCAAUGACAUGUAUUAUUAAAUAUUUCAAAUUAUAGCAAUUGUUUUUAAUUCAUAAAAGAAAUGAUGUUUAAUCUUUGUUAUAAUAAUAUUCUACCUGAUAGAUAUCUACAGCCUACUAUAUCCUACUUUUUCACACUAUUUCUUAUAAAGUACAUGUAGUUGGCUACCAAAAUGGUCUUUGUUAACAUUGAGUGAUUUUAUCAACAGAUAAUCAAUAACUAGUAUUGAAGGGGUUGAAUGUAACAGAUGAAUUCGGUGGUAGUUUGUAUAUUUGACCAUUAGUGUGGUUCAAGUCUUUAAUUAUUCCAAAUUAAAAAGCUCAUUAGUAGUUUAUUAAAUUAACCCUGACAAAAAAGAACUGAUCAAAAAUUGAAUCAGUUGUCUAUCACUUCUGAUGUCUGUGUGACUGUGCAAUGAAUUCGCAGAUCGCUGUUGACAAAUAAUUGCUAGUCUGCGUGUGUAUUCUGUCUUCAUGCAAUCUUAUCGGAAUAUUUAUUACACAAAUGCAUCAAAAUGGUACUUUCUUCAUUUAUAUACAUGUAUUUACAUACUCUUUUUUCAUUCUAAAAGACAUAAGCUUGCAAUUUAGGGUGUUAAAUUGUUAGAGAACAUUGUACUUGUUUUAGUGAUUGUAAGACCUCAGUUUAGGGGUUGUGUACACUCCUUGUCUAUUUUGCAAAUUUUAAAAGUUCUGAAGCUAUAAAGUGUUCAAUAAAGGAAGUCCUUCCUUUUAUUUUCUUAAGUUAAAAUGUUAAUAAUUAUUAUGGAGGUCAAUUAAAUAUGUAUUUUGGUUGGUUAUAACAAGUUUAAAUAAUGGAUGCUUGAGAAAUCUACACGGUGGUUCCAUUAGGGUUAUAUGGUAAAGCUUUUAUCUUUAUACAAUUUGUAUUCAUUAUUUAACUUCAGUUGGAGAUUUUAUUGAAAUUAUUGAUUACUUUAUCGACAGAAAUGUAUUCUAGCAUAGUAUUAUUACAAAAUACACAUAGGCGUACAGGCUCGAUGACAGUUAGGGGGGAAGAAUCUGAAAUGCCCGAAAAAAUUUCAGGUUAUAAUAAUAUAGUCUAAUUAAGAUGACUGACUCAAAUUCCAAUUCCAAUCAACAAAUCAAUCGUGUCUGUGAAUACAGCAACUUCAACGUGGUCCAAUAUAGCCUACCUUUGGUGGCUGACUUGAAUCCCGAACAACCAAUCAGCCAUCUCGGGGUAUGGGGGCCUGGCCCUCCUGGAGAAAAUUUAACUAUCGCAAAUGCGUUUUUCUGCUUCUCUAGCCGUGAGUUAAAGUAGCUAAGUCUCUAACUCAAUAUCAUCCAAAAUCUUCAACAUUGAAAACACGAUUUAUUUGUCAAAUUAAAUCAACAUUCAUGUUGUGAUCUUACCGGAAAAAGAUGGGCUUUUGAUAUCCAAUAUUUAAAACAAAAUAAACAUUUUACCAUUGGUACACAAAUCGUGUACCAUAAUGCGCUUCAGCCCCAGUUGUAUCAAGAGACUCGAGGGACGAGGCUAGACACAUUGAACCAAAUUAAACGGCGUAUAUAGACUGGAAUAACCAGACGCUAGAAAUUUGCACUCGCUUGAGACUGCUGGCUUAUUUCGCCAAACAUAACUGAUUUGAAAUUGGAGUAAAAACGGAAACCAUUGAAUGUAAAUCAGUUUAUAUACAUUCAUAUUACAGUAUUAUAUGCGUUGCGACCCACUUUUGUCAAUUUCUAGGUCCCAAAUGUUAGCGAUUUAGCUCCUUUUAGCAACUCUUAACAUUAUCUAAUGUUUUUGUAACCGAAAUACCACUCUAUGCCGAUUUGAAUUCCAACCAUCCAAUCACAUUGUUGCAGCUGCAUUCACAAAUAAUAAUCGAUGCCCGAAAAAUGUCGCACAAAGUAGAGUGGCUCCAGACAAAUGCUUUAAUCCAUAGUCAAUUCAGUACAAAUUUGUGGUAUUUAAUUAAAAGAAAAGUAAAAUUAGUGUUUUAUUAGAUUCCGGGGACUUUAUUUUGCCAACUAGAUGAAAUAAUAAAAAUUUAUUUUUUCAUUUUACCUGUCUGCCCGAAAAGUCAGAUGGCCCGAAUGUUAGGGGAGCAGCUGCCCGCCCCCCCCCCCCCCCCCCCCUGCUCGUACGCCUAUGAAAAUACAUUUUCAUGAAUAACAUAUGAUUAAGAUGGUCUUUGUUAUAUUUACCUUUGUAUUAUUAUAGCAUAUUUGUCAUAUAUUAUAAACAAAACAUUGGCUAAAUUUACAAUAGGCAUACUUUAUGACUUACUAAAGGAUUCUGACAUAAACUUCUUUAAUGGAUGUAUAUUUUCACAUGAAAUUUAUAAAGAAUUUAAUAAAUUUGUGUUAAAUUUUUGAAUGAUAUAUUAUAUCAAUGCCCAUACUUCAUUCUGUUUGCAUCAAAAUUAAAUAGAGAUGUAUAUUUUAGGAAAAUAUGAAUAUUCUCUAUAUCAAUGUCAUCUUACUAUUCUUGGAAAUAAAACUAUAAGGUAUUUGACAAUAUAUUUAGUAACUUAUUUAUGGUCCAUUUAUGAUAUUCUAAGAAUUAGGUGUACAUAACACUAAAUGUAAACAAAGGCAAGUCUAGGUGUAAGGAAAAUGAAGGAUUCAUAUUUGACCAUAUCAAUGAAGCAAGAACAAAGCUCUGAAAAUAUACAAAAAGCUACAUUUUGGGAUCUUGCAUAAUUGGAUAGGCGCUGGGUUCUGCCAGAUGUCACUGUUGGACCCAUUUUACUGUCAUAGCUUUGAUAAGUAAGAUCAUUGUUUUAAUCAUUGUUACUUUGUUAGUUUCAUAUUCAAUGUAUAAUUUUGUAUGACAAAAAUCCUGAUGUCAAGGUAGAUAUUGUAAAUCAAAAUCAUUUUUAUCUUUUUAAUCAUUCAUUAAGUUCUUUUUUUUUUCAAAUUUUCGAAAUACAGAUCAGUGUACGACUUCCGAAUUUAUUGAUGUCACACAGAAGGUUGAAAACUCUGUAUUAUUAAUUUAAAUCAAAUGUUAUUUGUGCAGUUUUGUAGGAAUAGUAUGGAAAAUAUCUUGCUCAGCAUUACAAAGAAAAACGCCCAAUACAAGCUUGUCAAAUAUUUUGAGCAAGUGCUUGAACUUCAUAACAAAAACAAUAAGAAUCGAUCAGUCAUUAGGGAUAUCAUCAAUUAAUCAUUUAAUUAGUGAAUAACAUUAAGUAUUUUUGUGAAUUGGCAGAUGUAAUUAGAAUAUAUUUUUUAUAGUUACAACUGCAUUUAAUCAAAACAAAGCAGUUCUUCUCAUAUUCUCACUUGGAAGGAUCACAGAUAAAAUUUAACAACCAGUGGAAGAUUUCAGACAUAUUGUCUUGUGUAAUGUUUGAUGUUAUUUUACUGCUUGUUAAUAUGUAUUAUGUUUUCUGGCAAUGGGUAUUGUAAUGUAUAUAAUUAUAAUCUGUCAUCUGUUAUAACCCACUGUGAUUCUAUAGUGAAGUUAUCAUACAACACCUCAAUAAAUCAAUGCUAACUAA